AUGGAGCUCACCGGGCUCGAACAGGGGCGUCGAGGGCGCCUCCUUGUAGUCCUUGCUCUGGACGGAGGUUCCCAGCGACUGCUGGUCAGACAAAACUGGAGCGGUGUCGAGGAGAUAGAAAGACUGGUGGGUUUCGAAUCCCCGCCGAGUUCUCUGUUUUCUUCCCUUUUCCUCUGUUGGUGGGCCUGGGGAGGACCAUCGUUCUGCCCUCCGGCCAGUGGUGAUGGCAGAGGCGGGGCGGUGGUGGGCGGAGGAUUGCGGCGAAUUUGGUCGGGUGGAUGGUGCCUCGGUUGUUCGACGGCGAUGGUGUCGGACGGCCGAAGCUCCGCUGUGCUUCCAUACUUUUUCCCCGUUCCUUUGAUGUUGGGUCUGGGGUUGACCAUUGCUCUGACCUCCGGCCAGUGGUGA